AUGGAGGUUGCAUCAGGGUCCGAUGAGGACAUCGAGCCCGAGGUGAGCGAGCCUCGGUCGCACAUUGUGCCCACAGAGCCACGACAAACCAGGGAGCAUGUGAGGUUCCGCCAGAGUGAGCGUAGCGAAUCUGAAAAUGAGCUACGGGAAACCAGGGAGCAUGUGGUAUUCCGCGAGAGAGACCCUAUCAAUUCUGAAGAUGAGCCACCGCAAACCACGGAUUAUGUGGUGUACCGCGAGAGAGUCCGUAGCAAUUCUGAAAAUGAGCCACGGCAAACCAGGGAGCAUGUAGUGGUCGAGAGAGAGCGUAGCGAUUCCAAAAAUGAGCCACGGGCCCAUCGAGGACAUCGGGAACGGUCGCAGCGGACUCGGCCUGUGGGGCCUACGGAACGCAUCGAGCAGUUCUACGGAAACCAGCGCAUGACUCCUGGCCUGCGACCAUCAGUCAAUAUGCGCUCGAGCAACCACCAGCGUAUCGGGUCUAAGCCAGAACCCCUCGAGAGUUCCGACAGAAAACCUGCCAGAAGUGGCAAGCCUGGUUUUGAGGAACUGCAUAUGUCAGCUGCCAGGAAGCCCGGUCUGGAACCUCGCAUAUCGCAUGUGCAGACCACAGGAGACAGAAGACGCCGAUCAAGUAGGCUCUACGCUACAUCGUCGCAGGCUGCGUCGCCAGGGAAUCUUGGACUCGAUCAGAAUGCGAAUGAGAUGUUGGACGACUAUUAUGAUGGUUUUGACGAUAACGAUCUCCCAAAUACUACCAGCAUGGGUCUCCACAACCAAUAUGGGCCUGGACAUGCUCUCUCGGACUUUAACCUAGGAAAACCGCCUCCACGGCCUCAUAAUCCUUUUGCGGAAGCCGUCCACGUGAGUUUCAAUGAUCAAGUCGUUCCUAUGAGCUUCAAUCAACCUCCGCAACCGCCGCCGCCAAGACCUCCGCGACCAACAGGCUUCUCAGGCUCUCCUCCGCCAGGACGGCCGGAAGGUAUAUCCAGUGGGGCCCUCGUCCGGCCCAGCAAGCGCAGCGACUACAUUAUUCGUGCGCCAUAUCAAACUGCCAUUUGGGAUCGAGCGGCAGUCUGGAACCAAGUGGAGCAGAAGUACGAUCUUCAGCUCAAGCUCGUCUUAACUCGGCACGGCGAACGCUACUCGAGCGACAACUUCCCCUAUCGAUCCGGCACAUGGACAGACAUAGUCUUUGCGCACAAACUCAACGAGCAAUACCACAGUCUCAAAACCGCCAAAGUCGGCAUUCUCCAAAAACUAACAGCCUACAAAAAAAUCUCCUUUGUCUAUUUCAUCCAAUUCCACGCCUUUCCCGAUGUCCGCUAUCCCUCCACCGGAGCCUGGCUCCGCACAGAUCGCAAACCCAUCACCUUCCGAGACAACCCCAUGACGCGAAACUCCUUCAUGAACCAACUCCGCCGCCUCUGCACCAAACGCUCCAUCCUCUACAGCACCCUCACCGGCGCACCCCGCGACCCCCCCGACGAAAGACCUCAAAUCCGCUGGGUCUCUCGCCUCGACGACCUCAUCGAACCCGGCGCCGUCAUCGACAUUGACGUCAAAGAAACUUUCGACAGCAUGACCAUUUACGCGGGAUUAUUUUUCGCCAUCAUCCUCAGUUUCGCUUCUGCGCUGGGUUAUGGUUUCGCUAUGCAAGGGGAUUUUUCUACGGGCUUUUCGCUUGCCAGUUGGAUGAUUACUGCUCUGGGGUUUUUUGCUGCGGUUGUUGCGGCGGGGGAGUAUAUUGGUUUGGAUAGUCCUAAGGCUACGUUGAUGGAUGCGGAUGGGAGGGAGAGACCUUGGUUGUGA